GUCUGUAAACUAGGAACGGACUGACUCGACGGAGCAAAGUGAACGGAAAAGUAACUGUCAAGCGAGCGAGUGAGAAAGAGAAAUCAGAAAUGGUGGUUACGGAUUCUCCAGUUUCGGGGAUAAUGGCUGAUCAGAACAUCGAUCCUAACACCACGACGAGCCCUAGUCCUAAAGAGAAGCAUGUUUCUGCGAUUAAGGCUAUCUCCGGCGACGAGAAAGCUCCGUCGAAGGAGAAAAAGAACUACGCGUCGAAGAAAUCAACUACCGUAAUCCAGAAAUCGCACUGUUUCCAGAAUUCUUGGACAUUUUGGUUCGAUAAUCCUUCCUCCAAAUCGAAUCAAGUCAUAUGGGGAAGCUCUUUGAGAUCCUUGUAUACAUUCGGUACUAUCGAAGAGUUCUGGAGUCUCUACAAUAACAUUCAUCCUCCAACCAAGUGGGUUUCGGGGGCGGAUCUUUACUGCUUCAAAGAUAAGAUUGAACCAAAAUGGGAAGAUCCUAUCUGUGCUAAUGGAGGAAAAUGGAGUAUGAUGUUCCCUAAAGCUACACUAGAAUGCAAUUGGCUUAACACGUUACUUGCGUUGGUUGGUGAGCAAUUUGACCAAGGAGAUGAGAUCUGUGGAGCAGUUUUGAACUUCAGAGCGAGAGGGGACAGGAUCUCUCUAUGGACAAAGAACGCUGCAAAUGAGGAGGCUCAGCUAAGCAUUGGGAAGCAGUGGAAGGAACUUCUUGGCUACAAUGAGACAAUCGGAUUUAUAGUUCAUGAGGAUGCAAAGACUCUUGAUCGUGAUGCUAAACGUCGAUAUACUGUAUGAGAUUCAACAGUUUUACUUGUCAGCUUCGCCGGGGAAAUCGAGAAGACGUAAAAGGGGAAGUCAACAUGACCUUUAGUUGCCUCUGAUCUAUCUUUACUGUAAAAAAAGAUGCACAUUUAGUUCACAUUUUCAACUAUCAGAAUUGUUGAAACGGAUCUGUAUCAAAAGUACAUGAUUUCGUAAUUUUCUUAGUGGUAUAAAGGAAAAGGAAUUUCGAAAUUACAUUUCUUAC